AUGGAUGCCCCAGUCGCUUCCUCCUCCCGACACCCCGCACCUCCUACACAGGAAGCUGUCGACGCAUACGCCAAUGUCUCUUUCGAAGCCGCCUCACAAGCACAAAUAUUACGGGCACAUCAGAGAGAUACAGCGCAGGUGUAUCGGCUGACCGAGCUGGUGUCUGAAAUAUUGAGAUCGCUUGCAGGGACACGAUGGUUGGCACACAAGCAGACUCUGGUCGACCUCCUCGUCAGAGGCGUCUACCUGACUUUGACUUUUGGUCGAGGCAGCCAAACGCUCGGGGAGGAAUAUACCGAUAUUCUACCAUACUCUACGAGACGGAGAAAUCUGCCGUCCAGAAGAUCGAGAUCCCUGACCAUCCUCUUACUCCUUCUGCCGACUCUGCUCGUCUCCCCAGCCUCUACAAACUAUAUACGGCCUGCUCCUGUCCAGCGUCCAGAUAGUGGUCCCGAGUCAAGAUGGACAAGGAAGAGAGAAAAGCUGGCCAAGUUUCUCGAGUCGCCCGUGGGGAAAGCCUUGCCAGAACUGCACAUGAUACUCUUCUUAUUCAGAGGAAGAUUCUUCGAGUUUGCUCGGCGGCUGACAGGUAUAUCAUAUAUAUCGACUCUCCCACCACGACGUCCCGAGCAACGGCAAGCGUCAUACGAGCCCCUCGGCCUGCUCAUGCUCUUACCAUUCCUAUACCGUCUUCUGCCGCGCCGGCAACCGGAAGAUCAAAGCGCAAUACUUCCUCAGGCUUCUCGCGGAACACUGGCAGGGGAUUCUGAAGAAUCGCCAAUCCUUGCAGAGCCCGUGGGAGCUCCCAAGACGGCAGAGCAGACGGUCCUCAUGUCAUCUUCAGCCGAGUACGACAAACCCAACACGUAUCUGACGCAAAAGGCUAUCGCGCUGCCCGAAAGACAGUGUACGCUAUGCCUAGAGCCGCGGGGUACAGGGGAAGGCAGUGGAGGUACUGUAGCUGUCACAGAGUGCGGUCAUAUAUUCUGCUGGGGCUGUCUGGGUGGUCUGGAAAAGGUUCGUCUUGACAUGCGUGGCCGUGCCGUGCUCACCCCUGGUAUAGCUGGAAUGUCCGCUGUGUCGGCAAUCGCUGAGAAUGGAGAGACUCAUAGCCGCAUAUAA